AUUUGGUCAGAAAUAGCACAAGUGGAACUAAAAAUGUGGCUUAUUUUGUGGAUUCUAAUUGAAUUAAUAACUGUAUCGAUUAUUCAUUCAUCACUAAUUGAUUAUAGAUUGUGUCAAAAAAUAAACAACUGCUCUAAAAAUUUACAACCUCAAGACUGCCCAUCUGGAAGAUAUCUUGAUGUAAAUAUGGGCAGUGGGAAGUGCUGUCAUGGAUGUAAAAGUGGAUAUGAAUGGGGCAGCAGUGGAUGCAGUCGAACAGUUUCAAGAAGAUUUUGUGCACCAGGACUAGUUUGCGAUCAAGAUUCUUAUUGCAUUCUUAAACGAAGUAAAGUUAACCUUGAAAAUUUAUUUGCACCAGUAAACAAGCAUUUAAUGGAUUUACUCAUUCAUGAAAAUGCUCUUAACAGUUCCAACAUGAAUCUAUUAUCUUUUAUUAUUUUGUUUCUCUUUUAUCCAUCUUUUCACUUUUAGAUUCAUGUUUACACACUAUGCAUUUAGAUAAUAUGAUUGGAUGGAAGCCAAGUUGUGAAAUUGAUGGUUCAUAUUCAGCAAAGCAAUGUCGUGGUGAUAACCGAACUGGACGGUGUUUUUGCUAUUCAGAGACCGGUGAAAAGAUUUUCGGAUGGGAUUGGUGGAAGGAUUCAGAUAAAAUGUCAUGCGCUUGUAGUCGCCAAAGAUUUUAUGCAGAAAUGAAUGGUCGUAUAGAUGUGACAUUACAUUGUUUAGAUAAUGGAAAUUAUGAAAGACUUCAGUGUGAUUCUGGCAUUUGCUGGUGUGCUGAUGAAAUUACUGGAUAUAUUGAAAUUGAAACUGUUGCAGUUCCAGAUAGUUUAUGGACAUUCUUACCGUGCUAUAACUCGAGUGAGCAUGGCGAUCAGUAUUUAAGAAAAUGUGAGAGUGCUGCUCAAGCACAAAGGCAGGUACAAAUGAAACUAAUCAAUCGAGGUGCGAUCAAUGCUGUUCCAAAUCAAAUUCGAUGUAACUAUGACGGAACAUAUGCUGAAAUCAUUAUAGAAAACCCAUUUGCGUUUUGUCAAAUGCCUGAUGGAACUAAAUUAAGUUAUGCUACACCUUCAAGGUUAGCUGCUGAUAUGAAUUGCAAUUGUGCACGAGAUGAUAGAGCUUUUAAAAAAGCCGGCAUCAGCUUUAAUUUGCGAUGCAAAGAUAAUGGAAAUUAUGAGCCAACACAAGAGCAAAAUGGGAGAAUAUUCUGCGUUGAUCGCGAUGGAUUUGCCGUAUCUAGCUUCAUGGCACCGAGUGCAGAUAUUGAUUGCAAUCAAUUUAUAUAUUAUGCACAGGAAGAUUUAUUUAUGGAUUAUUGAUUAAGUAAGACACCUUACUUAAUUAAGUAGAUACAUUUAAUUUAUUAACAACAGCAAAAGAUAACAUGUUAAGCGCGGAUGUAUCAAGGGGUGUUAAUUAUUGAGGAGCUCUAAUGAAGCUUUCUUUUUAUGGACAUGAAAAUCUAGUGACAUGACUGCAACAAGGUUUUAAGCGAAGGGAAAACAACAUGAAUGGAAAUUUUUGAAUAAUUUCUAAAAAUGGAUUCAAAGUUUUGCUGAUAAAUUCAUAUAAAAUUGGAAGUAAUUUCAGUAAUUUUAUUUCCCAUCAUGCUGUUGCCCCUUUGAUUUUAAGUAUCAUAUCCACACUUAAAAACGAACCGUUCUAGUAAGAUUGUAACUGGCAACAAAAAGUCUAUUGCCCAAAAUUCACACCUGGAAACGCCUCUGAUAUUCCGUGUGAUAAAACUUUAUUUUUAUAAAUAAAUAAUGUGAAUUCUUCAUUCAAAUGGCUUCAUUUGAACAAAUAAUUUUUUCUCAAUGUGACUUAUAAUAUCGAAUUACAGUUAUUUGGUCUAUCAUGAGCUUUUUAUUUCGAUUUCUCGUAAUAUGUAGCAAUGCUUUCAUUGGAAAUUUAAAACAAUUUUUUUUCUAUAUUAAAUUAAUU